GCAUCCCCGUCCACCCAUGGUCACGCAGGACGCCACACCGGACACUAUCAAGCCCCGCCAUCUCUCAUUCUUGUCCAUCGAUGAGUCGCCGGCGAAUUACGAGCUGACGCAUCUGCCCAAGCCACAUGACAAGUCCAAGACGGCGCAUCCAAACCAGGACGACAGUGGCGACUCGGACGAAGGAGAUGACGCCGGCGACUCUCCGUUGCCCAGCGGAAGCAAGCGAAAGCGAGCGAAACGAGCGAUUGCAGGCGAUCUCAGCCCUGUUACCGGCGCGACGGUGGUGGUCCCACCAACGCCGCGUAUUGAAGCCAAUGUCGUGAUCGUCCAACAGCCUCCGACCACGUGGAACUGGCGCAACAACCACCCGACGCUCAAGUUCGACAUGCAUCUUGGCCUCGUGGCCUCGAGCAAUCCGUGCAAACUUCUACCCCUGGAUGACCGAGGGUUCACCUUGUGGCUCAUGAACGAAGACGGAAACGGGAUGUUUGGUCAUUUCAAAUUGCAAUGGACGGCGGAUGACAGAUCGGGGCCAACCGUGGCGGUGAUGCACGCAAUUCUGGCUGUGGACACCGCCGCCCCCCCCAAGGACGACCAGAUUAUUCGCAUUUACGUGUCGUACACGGACUCGAAGCGAUACAACGCGCACCCGAUGGAGUCGGACGACAUCGUUGUGCAAGGCGUUGGCCAGCUUCAUUCCAGCGCCUUGUCCCCCAUUCCAAGUGGUCCCGUCUGCGACGAACCAACGCCCCCCUCAACCUCUCCCUCCAAUUCGUCCAUGAGUCUUUCGUACAGCUCACCAUUGCCAAGUGCACCGUCUUCACCAGAUCUAGUGGCUUCUUUUGCCACCGCACCCCCGGAGUUCGUCAUGAACUGGGCCAGUGACGCUGCCACCCUUCUCUCCAAGUUGCAAUCGCUUCCCGUUCGUGGAACCCUGUUGAACUUUUGUCCAACGUGCGGCCACGAGCAGUCGUUGGAGCUUCCGAUGGUUCACAGCCGCACAUGCUCCCUCAAAGCGUUGCUGGCUCAAGUCGCACGUACACUGCUUGAACGACAACAGUUGUCGACGUUUUGACUUGUCUGGACUAGAACAUUCGUGGCUGUCGGCCGUCGACGAGAGCGACCCACUGCCGCAGCACCACUCACUCGCAUACAUGGCACUCGACGCCACACCUGACUUGAUGUCGCUUGCCGACUGGUCAUUGCCACAAGAGUUGAGUUUGAUGAGCCUUGAAGACGACGACUCGAUCAUCAACAUCCUCGACGCCGCCAUCGCAACACCACCUCCCGAGUAGAUAGCAGCCAAGACCACAACGAGGAUGUUUCUAUUUUAUCGUGAUAGUUGAAUCGACUGCCGUGUGUUGAUCCCGAGCAGGAAGUCCUUCAAUGUGUACAUGAUGGAGCUGAAGCCGUCGCAUCGGACCGACGCCGACCCUCGAGCCAUGAGGUGUCGCGUCACAAAGAGAAGUCGAUUGAGCCAGUUUUGAAGUCCUAGGAUUCGAGUUGGACGAAGAGAAUUGGAUGCGACCAGACCUGUUUUUCUGCAGCGAACAAGCAGGUCUUUCCCCCCAGGUACCAAGUGCACCAAAACGUUUGGCCAUCGCUUUGGAAAAGGAUGUGACACGAAAAAGGUGAGCAUGCACGAGCAAAAUUCACAGGAUUGGUGGCGGUGGGCAUCGAGAAUACAAGCAAGCAGGGCCAAGCGGAAGGUCCGACAGUCGGAAUAUCGAUGUUGGACUUGGAAAUGCGGUUGUCUCGAUGCAUUGUGACCAAUGUCCGACCCUGUCAGGUACACGUCGAGCGAGUACACAACCGUGGAUCGACCUGGUGCAUCGUCGCAUCGAACGAUCUUAUGUGUUUCGAUAUGAAUAUGCUCGAUGUCGUUGAGCGCCACGGCAUACUUGGACCAGAGAGUCGUCACACGGUCAAUGACGGAGCUUCGCUCCGUCGACACGAGGGACCGGGACACUGAUCUGCAAUUGGACAACAAGCUGCAUUCCAGAUCUUGCCAUGCGGCGUCAUAACUGCUCAAGCACUGAUGGUGAUCUGUUGCGUAGCUGUCGAUUUCAUGUGCAUCGUCCAUCGCGGCCCGUCCGCGCUGUUUAGCGUGGAAAGGUUGCGCGGG